AUGUCAAGCUUGUACGUUGAGAGUGGUGAGUUGUCACGCGCAUGGAAAGCUAGACGAAGGGAACGCACCAAGCAACAGGAGGAAAAAAUUUGGGAUGACUUCUUCAAAGAGAAGGAUGUGGUAUUGUCUGUUUGUGAAGACGACCCGUACCAGUUCCUGGACGAACUGCCUGCAGAGUGUUUGAACGAACUCAUGGAGACGGAGCUGCCACGCACAAAGCCCGUCCAAGACGAGGCGGCCCAUCAGCUUCAACCAGACACGGACACGAAUCCACAGUUAGAAUCCUUACCCCCGAACCCCACAUUUACUUUCGCCGAGAUGGAACAAGACCCUGAUAUGUUCCAUGUCUUCGACGACCACGAGGUCCGUAUCUUCGACGACCACGAGGACGAAACAUUAGGGUGCGACGACCUGAACGAGUCGCUGAGCUCGCCGUGCACGGUGCGCGAACGCAGCGAGCUCAGCCCCGGCCCCGCGCCCAACUUCACGCGCAUGGAGGCGCCGCAGCCCGCGUCCUCCUCGCGCUCCGGCUCGCCCAAGUCGGUGCAGCCGAAGCCCUCCAGUGCGUAUCGGCCUCGCGGCCUCUCUCUGCCGUCCUCUGACUGCAACGCGCCUAAGUGCCAACAUAUUUUUUGAGAUAUUAUUAUUUAAAACCA